AUGACCAGAGUUAAACGUGGAUAUAUAGCUAAAAAACGUCGAAAAAAGAUUCUUGCAUUUGUAUCAGGCUCUCGGGGAGCCCAUUCAAAACUUUUUAGGGUUGCUAACCAACAGAAGAGCAGAGCUUUAGUUUCCGCUCACCGAGAUAGACUAAAGCGGAAGAGAGAUUUUCGUCGUUUGUGGAUUACUCGGAUUAAUGCAGCAUCCCGUGCGAAUGGAGUUUCUUAUAAUAAAUUCAUACAAUUUUUAUACAAAAGGCAGUUGCUUACAAAUCGUAGAACACUUGCGCAAAUAGCUGUAUUAAAUAAUAAUUGCUUCUCUAUGAUGUUAGAAAAUAUUCUUGUGUCAUGA